GACCGAAAGAAGCCAGACGAUUAGCCUCUCCAUCAUAUCCAAUGAGGGCAGGUCACGUCGACGUCGCCGCGCUCGGCCUCGCCCUGGCCAUGGCGGCCGCGCUGCUGGCAUGCCGGUGCGCGGCACAGGCGCCGGCACCGGCACCUUCAUCGGGCAUCGUGAGCGGCUCCGGGUGCAUGCCGGAGCUGGUCAGCCUGUCGCCGUGCAUGGGAUACAUGUCGGGCAACGCGACGGCGCCGGGGCCGGGCACGGCGUGCUGCUCGGCGGUGUCCGGCGUGCUGGCGUCGAGCCCGAGGUGCCUCUGCGCGGUGCUCGGCGGCACGGCGGCCACGCUCGGCGUGGCCCUGGACGGCGCCCGCGCGACGCAGCUGCCCGGGGCGUGCCGCGUCCAGGCCCCACCCGCCAGCCAGUGCAACGCUCUGGGAGUUCCGAUGCCGUCCCCGGCGAACCCGGCGGCAGCUGGAAGUACUCCGGCGACACCAUCCGAUCCCAAUGUUCCCCCUGCUGCUCAAUACUCCGGCGGGAACAUCGAUGAAGCAGGAAGAACUCUCGCCUUCGCCGUCGGCGUCGCAGCAGUUGCGUUGCUUCAUGGUGUUGCGGCCUGACACCUGUUGGUUGAUCCAUGCUGUCUGAGGAAGGCCCGUACAAGCCCAGAUGAAUAAAGCCUGUGGAACGAAACUAUGGGCCACGAGCAGGCCUCCUAAGCUGCUUGGUUUGUGUCGAUGUUGUUGUUUUUUUGCGACUUUAGUUUGUGUCGAUUUGAUUUGUU